AUGCCACUCUACCUCAUUGCUGUCUCUUCCUCGUCUCGCCUCCUCGCGCUAGCCCGUCCCGCUGUCGAACGCCUCUGGCAAGAAGUCCAAUGCGCCUCUACGAGCGUCUCUGCCGUCUGGACGCCUGAGUCUGAGCCUGCCAUCUCCGACGCCUUCGCCAUCGAUGCACCCGUCCUCGGAACCUCCGUCCCCGAGGUCUUCGAUGCACUCGACACCACCCUGCUUAAGAUCGUCGACGAGUAUUCCACUCCGACUGACGACGAUUUCUUGCUCUGGCAUGCCCGCUUGGGCCACUUCAGCAGAGACAGGGUGGUUGGUGCACUCCGCUACAAAGGUUACGCUUUUCGCCCUGGCAGUGAUCGUUGCAUCUGCGACGCGUGUCUCCUCAAUCGUCGCCGCAAGGGCCAUCCGAGUCACCCAACCAACCGUCGCGUCUACACGUACUUUGGUGAGCGAGUCGCGUCCGACCUCAAUGGCCCCAUCAAGCUUCUGCCCUGGAGCGUUCACAAGUUCGUGUACGCCAUCAACUUCGUCGAUUACUUCUCCGGCGUCAUCGCCGUCUACUUCCUGGGGAGAAGGGCGAUUCCGCCGAAAUCCUUGGCGCAGUCCUGGCUCACCGACAACGCCAGCUACUUCACGUCCGAGCUGAUCGACGAACUUUGCACCGUCCUCGCCAUCCAGCACUUUUUCUCUUCUCCCGACAUCCACGAGGGGAACGCCGUCGCCGAGCGCUGCUGGGGGACUCUCCUCAAAUGCACGCGCACCGCUCUCGUUCAUGCUGGGGGGGACAAGGAGCACGUUCAGUUCUGGCCCUUCCUCUUCAACCAGUUCGCCCGCGUCCACAACUUGCUGCAGACGAACAGGGGGACCAGCGCUGAGCCUCGGUGGCUGUCACCGAUGCAGAUCGCCAUCGGCUACCCUCGCGAGUACAGCCUCGAACGCUUCAAGGGCAUCAACCUCGGCCACGACCCUCGACGCUCCAAGCACCUCGUCUACACCCCCGCCGUCCGGCGCAUCAUCUACACAGCCGAUGUCUCCUUCGACGAGCUCUCCUUCACCGUCCUCGGCGGCCCGUGGCGCAACAUCAACCCAGCCCCGCGAGACGCCGGCGGGUAA